GCUUUUUGAAGCCCAUCCAAUCUUCGUCUCCAUCAGGCCGCCGGAUCGUAUCUGUCUGUCUGAUCUCUGCCCCAUCCUCGGGCCUAACGCUUCCUCCUGGCCUAUCGUUUCCCUCCCCCGAACGUUUGCUUGCCAUCUGCCAAGCGAUUCCGUAUCCAAAGGCCACUCAUCCUCGCAUCGUCAUGCUGCGAUCCUUCGUCCCCGGCGCCCGUGCCCGCCUGGCCUUCUUGGCCCGCCAGUCGCUGGCUGCAAACACCUCGACUCCGUCGCAUUUGAUCUACCAGCGGCCCUUCUCCUCCAUCGGCUCGCUGCUCCUGAGCAACCAGGACAAGCCCCCGAAGGGAUUUGAGAACUUUUUCCAUCCCAAGAUCUCAAACCAACCGGGAUCGACCCAGCCUUCGUCGAACGAGCCUCCCUCGGACCCUCAGAACAAGAACAAAUCCAAUUCCGAUCACCAAAACGACGACCAGGGCGAUAAGGAGAAGCCGCCCCGGCAGGAGGAAGAGCCUGAGAAGGAGUCUCGCGAGGAGAACGAGGGCAAAGGACGGAAGGGCAAGAUCCCCAAACCCCCGCCCAAGAAAGAAAACGAAUUCGAGGUCUUCAACCUCAAGCUCAACAGCCAAACCAUCCUGCUCUAUGGCCUGCCCGCGCUGUUCAUCCUGUGGCAGCUCUAUUCGUCCGUGAACGAGUCCCACAAUAUCACCUGGCACGAGUUCCGCAACAAGAUGCUCGACAAGGGCUUUGUCGAGCGUCUCCUCGUGGUCAACAAGUCCAUCGUCCGUGUCUAUCUGCGAGGCGAUGCUCCUAUGGUCCCCCGCAACGGCUCGCCGCCCGGCACCUCGCACUUCUACUUCACCAUCGGUAGCAUCGAGACCUUUGAAAAGAACCUCGAGGAGGCCCAGGAUCGUCUCAACAUCCCCCAGCACGAGCGCAUUCCCGUCUCCUACACCAACGAAGUCUCCACCGCCAACCUCCUCCUCAACCUCGCCCCCACGCUCUUCCUGAUCGGCGGUCUCUUCUGGAUGUCUCGCCGCGCUAGCGCCGGCAGUGGCGGCCAGCAGGGUAUCUUUGGCAUCGGAAAGUCCCGAGCCAAGAUGUUCAACCAGGAGACGGACAUCAAGAUCAAGUUCAAGGACGUUGCCGGCAUGGACGAGGCCAAGGAGGAGAUCAUGGAGUUUGUCAAGUUCCUGAAGGACCCCGAGAUGUACGAGCGUCUUGGUGCAAAGAUCCCCAAGGGCGCCGUUCUCUCUGGUCCGCCCGGCACGGGCAAGACCCUGCUUGCCAAGGCCACCGCUGGCGAGGCCGGCGUGCCCUUCUUCAGCGUCUCCGGUUCCGAGUUUGUGGAAAUGUUUGUUGGCGUGGGCUCGUCGCGAGUGCGCGACCUCUUUGCACAGGCCAAGAAGCACGCCCCCUCGAUCGUCUUCAUUGACGAAAUCGAUGCCAUCGGCAAGGCCCGCGGCAAGGGCGGCUUCUCUGGUGGAAACGACGAGCGCGAGAGCACCCUCAACCAACUGCUCGUCGAGAUGGACGGCUUCAAUGCCACGGAGCACAUCAUUGUCCUCGCCGGCACCAACCGCCCCGAUGUUCUUGACGCUGCGCUCCUGCGUCCCGGCCGCUUUGAUCGCCACAUCCAGAUCGACCGCCCCGACAUCAAGGGCCGAGUCGAGAUCUUCAAGGUCCAUCUGAAGCCCAUCAAGACCACCGAAAACAUCGACAACCUCUCGCGCAAGCUGGCCGCACUGACCCCAGGCUUCUCGGGUGCUGACGUCGCCAACGUCUGCAACGAAGCUGCCCUGAUUGCCGCCCGCCAGCUCGCCGACACCGUCACCGAGAAACACUUUGAGCUCGCCAUCGAGCGUGUCAUUGGCGGCCUCGAAAAGAAGACCAAGGUCCUCUCGCCCGAGGAGAAGAAGAUCGUCGCCCACCACGAGGCCGGUCACGCCGUGGCCGGAUGGUACCUGGAGCACGCCAACCCGCUGCUCAAGGUCUCGAUCAUCCCGCGCGGCCUGGGUGCCCUCGGCUACGCGCAGUACCUGCCCAAGGAAGACAACCUGCACUCGACCGAGAAGAUCAACGACAUGAUGUGCAUGGCCCUGGGCGGCCGUGUCGCGGAGCAAAUCUUUUUCCAAUCCAUCACCACUGGCGCCCAGGACGAUCUCAAGAAGGUCACCAGCAUGGCCUACUCGCAGGUCUCCAAGUUUGGUAUGAGCGAGGCCCUCGGCAACAUCUCGUACGACGUCGAGGAGGGCGCCUUCCAGAAGCCCUUUGGCGAGGACACGGCCCGUAUCAUGGACGCGGAAGUCCGGCGACGCAUCCAGGAGGCGUACGAUCGCACCUUGAACCUGCUGACCGAGAAGAAGGAGGAUGUGUCCAAGGUGGCCCAGCUGCUGCUGAAGAAGGAAGUCAUUAGUCGCGAGGACAUGAUUGCUCUGCUCGGACAGAGACAAUGGCCCGAGCCUGGCGCCUACGUCGAGUAUCUGGGUCUCCCCGAGGACAAGCUGAAUCGUAAGCUGGAAGAAGAAGGCAAGCCCAACCCCGAGACCAAGUAGAGGCGUCACGUUGCCCAAACUCUGGUCGGUCGCAGGUGCUCGGCAGCCUCGAGUCCAUAUAGUCAGCUUCUCCAUCCACGCGCUAUGGCCAGCGCUUUAUGACAUCCCCCUCCCUCUCCCGACCCCAGCGAGUCCACCCAUCCAGCAAGCAUGAACAGGCCAGCCGACCUUGCCCCUCAGCCUGCAGAGUCAGCAUUGAAACAAAUGCGGGGUACCUACUCUCCCGUCUCCUUCUCUCUCCCGCUCCCUCCCACUCAUCGUGUUC